ACUACAGGAGCAUGUGGACUCCGAAGGACAUUGAGGCGGCAAAGGGCCUUUCCCAGAAGGACGUGUUCAGUCGCUUUCCCCAAUCUGCUAUGGAGACAUUGUUUGGGAUGAUGGCCAUGCAGAAGCAGGUGGAAAUGGGGAACGCCAGGGCCCGAAAGUAUUCUGACAGCCUGGAGGUGGCUAAUAAAGAGAACGACCUCCUUGCCAUGAAGAAUACCGAGGUGCUGGUUCGGCUUGACAAAGCCGAGCAAGAGAGAGAUGUCCUGAAAAAGGAGAAUGAUUCCCUUCAGGAUGAGAAGGACGCCCUCCAGCUCGAGAAGAGCGUCUGGCAGACUGAGCAGGAAUCACUCAGAGAAGAGAAGGCAGAACUCCAACGUCUUCUAGCUGAUGAACAGUCUGCUCGGAUGGCUUUUGAAAAAAGAGCUCUGGACGAGCGUACCGCUCUGAUCGACGCUAUCAGCAGAGUGGGUGGUGGGAUGCUGGCCCUUCAUGCUCGGUUCUCCAGGGUCGGUGCUCUUCGGUAUGCUCAAGGAUUCCGGGAAGGCUUCGCCGACCGGGUUCCGGAUGAGGGACAGACCAGCUCCACUCCGGAUGAGGUAGACAAGGAUCUGGGGAUCGAGCCUCUGGGGGUCUAUGUCGACCCAGAACCCACCGAAGCGGAGCGUAUAUUUGAUGAGUGCCAGGACAUCGCAUCCUCAAGGAUCAUCACAGCUCCUCCUACCGCUCUGCCACUGACCGCUCCCCAAUCGUCAACCGUGGCUCCCUCUGUAGCCACUGCUGACGCUGAACCCCAGCCGAACGACUCAGUUAUUCACCUGGAUUCCCCACCUCAUGAAGGUGAGGCGGCUGAUGGGGCCGAGGAGGCGAGUCGGCAGGACCAGGAUGCUGUUGGUACUGAGGCGUCUAGCUAGGGCUCCUUCGAAUUCUUCCAGUUCAUAUCUUCUUGUAAUGAUGGACACCUCUCUUUUGUAAACUAAAUGUUCAAUAUUAAUGAAAUGGCCGAACUCUUUUUCUCUAUGUGUUGUGCUCUGUUCAACUUAUCUUCAGUACAUAUAUAUCUUUUCUCUCUUUUUCUUUUUACAUUAGUUUUGCUGUGUGUUUGUACGGCAAGUGCCUGGCGCUCGGCUAGAAUGCCACUUGCCACUUGGCUUUAAAUUUUU